ACGCAUCGCGUCUAUCGUUUGAAUUUGUAUCCCGCACGUAUACAUCACGCAUGUGUAAUAUCGAUCUGAGCGGCGGAUGGACAUGCGUUUAGAGCAUUUAACUUCGUUGCGACAGGUGCCCUCUGUGGGAUGUUCCGUUCGAGAUGGAUCGUCGGCGUGAGGACUAUGUUGGUCGUGAUAAAUAAUGUGACAUUACUACGCGACUCGUAGCCACGACUCGUAAUCACGAACGCAAAAUCAUGUGCCGCGCGCACGUUCGCUGAUAGAACAACGAAACCGCGAGAGCAGUCUAGUGUCUGGAACAUGUGCCUUUACUACAACUAAGAACCCCCGUUAAUCUCUGAAGAAAAAAACAAAAUGACUGCCAUAGGCGAGGUGCAAGCCUUGCAGACUCUCACGGUGUACAAGAGCGACGUGAACAGCGUCGACUUCGCCGGUGAUUGCGUACUGGUGACGGGAUCCGGAGACAAACGCGUCCGGGUCUGGGAAUGGCAGCCCGGCAGCGGCUACGUGGAGGCUUACUUCUCGCCGCUGACAGGCCACAAGUACGGCGUGACCUCCGUCAGGGUCAGCCCGCAGUCCACCAUGCUGGCCACCUCCAGCAUAGACGGCACCACGUUGCUUUGGAACCUGCGUACGGGAACGAAGAUACACACGAUGGUGCAAGUGGGCGGCGAAGCGGUGAGAGUCUGCAGAUUCUCGCCGGAUUCGACGUUGCUCGCGACCGCUGGCGACAACGGUCAAGUCUGUAUUUGGGAUCUGGUUCAUCGCACUUUGAUCAGGUGCUUUCAAAAGCACGAGGGCGCUGUGCAAAGUUUAUCCUUUUCGCCGGACUCCAGUUGGUUGGUCACCUCGUGCACACUGGGUGUUCUGAAGUUGUUCUCCACUGCCGAUCUGAUUGACACCUGUACGUCCGCCAAUCAGAAUGUCACGGAACUCGCCUCGAUCGACGACGCUCACGACAUGGGUGUGGUUUGCUGCGACUUUUCGAAUUUCCAAGAAGUAACAUGUAACGAGCCGUACACCAAGCUUUAUCAAUUGGUAUCGUGCGGCAACGAUCACAAUGUGAAACUGUGGGAAGUGACGGUGAGUCAGAAUAAGUGCGAGGCCGAACCGUCUACUGCCACUUUACAGCUUUGCAAAGUGAUGGAAAAGCACAGCAGUGCCUUAACUUGCGUCCGUUUCAGCAGCAACGGAUUAUACAUUGCCAGUUGUGGCCUCGACAAAACGGCAGUAAUUUGGGAAACGAGCUCAGGAAAGGUCGUGACGAUAAUCUCCGGUCAUAACAGAUACGUCGCUUGCUGCGCUUUUUCGCGCGACGGAAGCUUAUUGGCAACAGGUUCUAACGACAAAUCGGUGAUAGUGUGGGAUUUGGCGGGAAAUCUGACUGUCGACUCGGAACUCUCGAGAAACGUCGGGACGAAGUGGUUUGUGAACGAUCCUGAAAGAGUUUCCAUGCACGAACACAAUGUGAUGAGAAACGUCGAGACUUACGCGAACGAAGUGCGAUUGAUUCAAAGACUGGAGGAUCACAACGGAGCGGUGAACAGCGUCGCCUUCCAUGGAAAUACUCUUCUAGCCUCGGCAUCGGGCGAUAAAUUGGUGCGCAUUUGGAGUGUGCAAACGGAUGAGGAAGACGGGGAAGAGGUGAUUAAGAUACAGGAAAAGCCGUUCAGUCCGCUUGACGCUCACACUUACAGCGUCAACUACGUAGAAUUUAGUCCGUGCGGCUCGAUGCUCGCUUCCUGUUCCCUCGACGGAACGACUUUGGUCUGGAAUACGGAGAUCGGAGGCCAAGCGAAGUCCUCCUUCGUGAAUUCGGGAACGGGCAUCCGCGUGUGUCGCUGGUCACCGGACGGCAUGAAAAUCGCCACCGCCGGCGACGACGAGAAGACAACGUUAUGGGACGUCGAGACGAUGGAGCAAUUGCAGCAACGUUACAGCGUUUUCGAGGGUCAUUCCGACGCGAUAUCGGCCAUCGCGUUCACCCACGAUUCUCGAUACCUGGUGACCGCGUGCAACGAGGGAACUUGGCGUCUCUUCGACACUCUGGACGAGAAGAACGGCAGCGAGGCGUUGUUGAUUUGCGACGCGAGUCACGAUCUGGGCGUGCAGGGAUGCGAUUUCAGCCCUACCGCUAGUUCCGUAAUGCGCACGAGAGACGCGGAUAUGAAUGUCGACGAGCAGAUGUAUCUACUGGCCACGUGCGGCAACGACUCGUUGGUUAAGCUGUGGCACGUGAUUAUUACUUCGAACGAACCACCGCCCGAUUCGGACAGCAUUGGUUCGAGCGAUACCGGAACACGUUACAAGGAAAAGAAGUCACUGACCGGGCACGGCGGAAACGUCAUGUGCGUUCGUUUCUCGCCCGUUCACGGAGAAGUUUUGGGUAGCGUCGCGACAGACAGAACAGCUCGCAUAUGGAGCGUGUUUUCCGGGACCUGCCUGUACGUGUUGGAGGAUCACGACAGUCUCGUCACGUCUUGCGCGUUUUCCGAGGACACAUCUCUCUUUGCUACAGGAGCGUUGGAUAAGACCGUCUUAGUUUGGAAGGUGCCUCAGCAACUCGUGUCGCAAAGUAAUUUGAUAGACAGCCUGAGAAACAAGAAGAAGAGAGUUGCAGAUUGGAAGGUUCACGACACCCUGAAGUGGUUGAACGACAUCGGACUGUCGAGAUUGUUGAGAAAAGUGCUUCCUCUGGGAUUAACUGGACGACACUUGUUGUCCGUGUCGGAGAACGAGUUGAUAUCUCGAUUGGAGAUUGAAGAAGACGAAGAGGCGAUGCAGACCCUGAAAAAGCAAUUGUACUGGCUGAAGCGCGAAGAUUGCAACACUAUGGAAAAUAUAGACGAGUCCGAAAUCCCGCACGAAUUUUUGUGUCCCAUAACACACGAGAUAAUGAAAGAACCCGUACAGUGUUCUGACGGAUUUACUUACGAAAGAGCGGCUAUAAACGAGUGGUUCCUGUGCGGAAAGUACACCAGUCCGAUGACGAACGAGCCGUUGCACGACACCUCUUUCACCCCGAACUUCGCUCUCAGAAACGCUAUUCUCACUCUGCUCCACGGAGAAGGGCCGCAAUAGUAACCGGCCGUUGUGUCACUGGACAAAAAAAAAAAAAAAAUGAAAUAUUUCACGCACGUGCGUCACUAAUUUGCGACACAAGCAAUUUUAUUCUCUUUGAGAUAAAAAAAAAAAAA